AAACUCAAUGAAGCCGUCCUUCAAACCAAACUCUACACUCAUCAGAGCCGCAUUGAAUGGUGUCUGAAGAAAUAAAUACCGAGAUCUGGAAUAGAUGCAUUAGAAAACUGCAACCAGUAUCCAUUUACACCCAGAACAGGACAGACUAACUGAUCUUCCAGAUCAACUACGGGACUCAAAUCAUCUUUCUCAUCCAAGGAACCACCUGAACCAGAGGGAUAAUUCACAACUAUUAAAAUAUAUUUUAAAAAGCUUGGAUAUAAUGCUUUUCUUUCCAGGAUCUACCAAGGAAAUCUACCAAUUUCACUCUCUUUUUGCAUGAAACUUGCUGCAUAUUGGAGACUGGUUCCAGCUGAUACCUGCUCUUGCACUCCUAACCAUGCCUGGCGUCAAAGGUUGCUCAACUGCCUCCAUGCAUUGCCUCCCUUUCCUCCUGCUCCUUUUAGGGCUUUUCUCUGGGGAUGCCAGUCCCAUAAGUUCCCCAGAGAGGCACAGAAUUGCCCCUGGGCUUGAUGAUGGCCGUGGAGGGAUUGUUGAUCCUUCUCUUCUAGAGCAGGACAGUGAGAUGGAUAUGCAAAAUCUGCUGGAGACUCUACGGGGACAGUUCCUCCGGACCUUCAACCUGUCAGGACAUGGACCCCCCUUGCAGCCUGGGGCACCCCGAGUGCAGCCUCCAGAAUACAUGUUGGAAUUAUACAACCGGUUUGCUAAUGACCGAACAUCCAUGCCAUCUGCAAACAUUGUACGCAGCUUCAAAAAUGAAGAGUACACCCCAAGCAAUUUGGGUCCCAAUGGUGUGAGACGACACCCCCUCCUUUUCAACGUUUCCAUCCCAAAUCAUGAGAGGGUUAUGGCUGCUGAGCUCCGUCUCUACACCCUCAUCCAGAUCGACAGGCACCUGUAUGCUGGUGUCGACCGGACGGUGACCGUUUAUGAAGUAGUUCAGCGGAAUGACAGCUGGCCUGAAGAUGGAGAAGAGGAAAAGGUGCAGCUAGUGGAGUUAGCAUCACGGCAGGUUUAUGGCACGGACAAUGGCUGGGAGACUUUUGACAUAACUGUUGCCAUGCAACACUGGCGCAGGUCCAAUUAUGGCAACACCCACAGGUUGGAGGUUCAUAUUGCAAGUUUAAACUCACAGAAUGGGACAGAGUUUGAAGGGCCUGCCACAGGGGGGGACAUGGAAAUCGAUACCAGUCCAGAAGAGAGGCACAAAUCUCUAAUAAUUGUUUUCUCCAAUGACCAGAGCACGGAUCACAGAGGAGAAAAGCAGGAGUUGAAUGAGAUGAUCAAGCAUGAAAUGCCUGGCACAGGUCUGAAUGACCUGGGGAUUGAACUCAUGGAUCUCUGGGGGUCACUUGGGAGUAUGGGACAAGAAGGGGAUAUGAAAGAAGGGGGACCAGAUGAAGAAGCUCUCCUGCAGAUGCGCUCCAACCUCAUUUAUGACACGGCCUCCAGGAUUCGAAGGAAUGCAAAGGCCAACCAGUGCAAGAAGAGCUCCCUAUAUGUUGAUUUUAAGGACAUUGGUUGGGACUCUUGGAUCUUAGAACCUCAGGGCUAUGAGGCAUAUGAAUGCACAGGAGUCUGUAGUUACCCCCUAACCAAACAUGUCACUCCAACCAAGCAUGCCAUUGUGCAGACUCUGGUCAGCCUUAAAAAUCCAAAGACUGUUUCCAGAGCUUGCUGUGUCCCCACAAAGCUUGACCCUAUCUCACUUCUCUACCUGGAUGAUGCAGGUGUGGUCACCUACCAGUACAAGUUUGAAGGCAUGGUAGUGGCAGAGUGUGGUUGCAGAUAGUCCUCCAAAUCUUUGGUGGGGAAGUUGAAAGGUUUGGUAAAGGGCACUGAGAAAUGGAGACAUUUCUAUGUCUGGGAGGAAAAGAGACUGCAGUUCCAAGUCAAUAGGAUUAACUCAAGACAUAAAAAGUCCCACAGUAAAAGGGUUGUCAAGAACCUUUAAGAACUUUAAGAUGGGGUGAUGCUUUUGUAUUUAACUUUUUCAAAAGGGACAGUAGAAAAGAAAGAAUUUUAAAAAGAAGACCAGAUUUAGUUCUUCUGUAUAUAUUGCCUUCAUGGAGAGUGUACUUGAAGUUAAUUUCAAGAAAAAAAAAGAAAGAUUCGAAGGUCAAAUGUACAACUCAUGAUAACCAUCUAAACAGUCUCUGAACAGGUCAUUCCAAAGUGAGGGGAAAACAAUACAGCAAACCACUAAAUCUACUAAAUAAACUUCAAGAUGACUCCAGCCAGACUCGGAAAGCUGUUGAGGUGUUGCAUUGUAUUUUGAUAUUUUCUGGAUGUGAUAGAGGACCUGAACUACUUAUACCAAAGAUACAUGCCUGACCUUUUCAAUGGCAAUUACAUUUUACAUCAGCAAAGUUCUCUCUCAAUGCAGGUGUCUCAGAAACAUAGAACAUUGGUUUUUGGGGGGAGGGGGCUGAGAACUCUGGAAAAAAAAAAACCCUGCAGGGUCACUCAAUGGAGGCUUGUGCAAACCCCCAGCAUCCAGUCUCUGCAGCAUCAUAUCUACAUCCUUCUCUGCCCUGUGUCAAUACACAGCUUCCUGUGUAGCUGAAAGCAUUUGAUACGGGCCAUCCAAGGCAAAGCAAUAUGGUUAUCUGGGAUGUCUUUGAGGAACGGAAAUGUGUGAAACUAACCAGAAUGAUCUAGCAUGAGAUGGUCUACCGGUCAAUGAGAAAAUAUGAGCGGGAUUCCUGUUUUUGUUUUGCAUGGACACCCUCUGGACAUUCGGGACAUGCAAAAUGUAUGGACCUUGUCCAGGUAUCAGGCAACGAUUGCUAUUUAGAUGUCUAAAAAAGUUCAAAGAACAUUCCUCUGUUUGAUGCGCACAUGGUCACUCAGAUUUAUGUAUUUUAAAGUUUUAUUUAUGUUUUGCUUCUUUGAAUAGUUUGCAUCUUCAUGCCUUACCUCAACACUGUAACUUGCAACAAAAAACCAACAACAACUUUGGAUCACCAACUAUACUAUUAGCUGCAAGAAAGGAGCAGAAGAGCAGAUGGAGGAAGUUGCACACUCUUUCCAAAGUCCAAGGCAGGGCAGACUGCAUCAUAAGGGUUCUGGUGGGUGUGAGGUGGAGGGGUAGAGGUUAUGGGGUUAUCUGCAUUCUGUUGCCUUGCAUGCCGUGAGAACUAAGCUCCCAGGCCUUGAGCAGUCCAUGAUAAGAAGGUGUUGGGGCUGAGAAACAUGCAAGUGACCAUUUCAAGCAACUAGGGCUGUCAAGAUUCCACCGGGCUUAAAUGUUACUUCAACUCCGUGACCCCAAUCUGGUCUCACAUGAAGGAAUUAUUGUCAGUGGACCACGGUUCACAUUCCAUCCUUGCUAUUAUAUAAAAAGUACUAAACUGUAUGAUUGCUCAUGACUGAGGUGGUGAGCUUCAAGAGUAUGUCCUCGGUACCUUUCGCCUGGGGGAACUGAAUUACAGUAUGUACCUUAAAUAAGUGAAAAUGUAUUUUUGCUUACUAAAUACAGUAUAUCUUUAAAAUGCAAAGGCUUAUAGAGGACUAUAGAAACAGAGAUCUGCGCCGUCCAAUGUGUCUUAAGGGCCUUGUUAGUACUGGGACGGGAGACUGUUUGGGAAGACCAGGUCCUGGCACGGGAGGGACUUUGAAUUUGACUUUUUUAAAAUGCAAUACCUUUAAGACUUUCAAUUAUUUAAUGGGUGUACUGUAAUUAUCCCUUAAGGACUAUACAUGUACCUUAAAUAAAAUGUAAAGGUAUACUGCAUUUCAUACGUAGGAUGUAGCCUUGAGAGUCCCACCAAGGUGACAAACUGUGGUACAGUUUGGUACAGUACCUUUCUCUAACUGCAUAGUCACCCUUCAGAUUUCUUCAACAAAUUAGGGAACGAACAGUACAAACAACAACAACAACAACCAUAACAGGAAAUGAUUAGCAUGAUCUUUUGAACAUAGCUAGCUGGUCCACACUAACUUUCAUUAAUAAUUGUAACAUUUUCGGUUUGGGGUAAAAUAUCAUUUUUCAAUGAGAAAAAUAUGUUUAUAUUAGCUACUAGCAGUAUAAAGCACCAACUUUUAUUUGUUUAGCUCUUUUUAAAAAAUAAACCCUGUCACUAAGCAACU